GCGAUUUAUAACUUCAAAAUGCAAAUGUUAAUAUUAUUUUGGAAGUAUUGACCGGAAGUUAAGCAGCGGCUGUUCACCAAAAUUGACGUGGACACAAGGGAGAGGCGUAGGGUGAGGUCUGUUGUAGUCGGGAAAAUAAUGGAGGAAAUGAGGGAAGUUAAAUGAGUGAAGCUUGUGAUUUCAUACCGGUUAAAAGCUUUAUCCUACCGCUUUGACAGCCUCCUGCUGAGCUGCGGGCCUUCAAGUCUUCCUGAUGUGUUAGCUGUUAGCUUCAUGCCGCUACACCUGUGUCCGGCCAGCCGGCUUCUUUGUCUCACUUCAUUAUCAUGCUCUGUUUGUCUGCCUGAGCUGCACUAUUUUGACUUGCUGCUUCCAUAGGGACAAAGCUAUCCUAAUAGAGCCGAAGAUAUCAGCACGGAGUGAGACCUCUUUCCUUCUAGAGAUGCGUUAUAUCCACGCUGGAUGCGUCCCGUUCACCAUCAUUCCUUAAUACAAAUAGACGAGCUAGUCUUAACAAAUGGCAGCCCUGAGAGCUAAAGCUGCAUCCAGCGGGGACAGCUCCCUGAGGGAUGGGAAGAGCAGCGCUGGCUGUCCCGCAGAAGCAGCAGCGAACAGUCGGAUAUACAGCCUGGAUGAGCUGGAGACCAUGGCUACUGUGGGAACUGGGACUUUUGGUCGAGUCUUCCUUGUCAAGGACAAGAAAAGCAAGGCCUUCUUUGCACUAAAACAGAUGAAGAUUUCUGACGUGAUCCGGCUGAAGCAGGAGCAGCACGUCCACAAUGAGAAGGAGGUGCUGACAGAAAUCAGCCACCCUUUUCUCAUCAGGCUCUUCUGGACUCACCAUGACGAUCGCUUCCUCUACAUGCUGAUGGACUACGUCCCAGGUGGAGAGCUCUUCAGCUACCUACGCAGUCGCGGGCGAUUCAGCAAUGCCACAGGCCUCUUCUACACCUCCGAGAUUGUAUGUGCCAUUGAGUACCUUCACUCCAAAGAAAUAGUCUACAGAGACCUAAAGCCUGAGAACAUCCUGCUGGACAGUGAGGGACAUAUCCGCCUUACUGACUUUGGCUUUGCUAAGAAGCUGUCUGAUAGGACCUGGACUCUGUGUGGAACCCCUGAGUACUUGGCUCCUGAAGUGAUCCAAAGCAAAGGCCACGGCCGGGCUGUGGACUGGUGGGCUCUGGGCAUCCUCGUCUUUGAGAUGCUGGCUGGGUAUCCGCCUUUCUUUGAUGACAAUCCAUUUGGAAUCUACCAGAAGAUUCUGUCUGGAAAACUGGAAUUCCCACGCCAUCUGGAUUUCUACGUCAAAGACCUCAUCAAGAAAUUUCUGGUCAUUGACCGAGCCAGACGGCUAGGCAACAUGAAGAAUGGAGCAGAUGAUGUGAAAAAGCACCGAUGGUUCAAAACCGUGGACUGGGAAGCUGUUCCUCUGAGGAAACUGAAGCCUCCAAUAGUUCCUAAAGUGUCUCAUGAGGGCGAUACAUCCAACUUUGAUAUGUAUCCAGAUGACGACUGGAAGAAAGACCCUCCUGUGUCUCCGAAGGACCUGGAGAUCUUCAAGAACUUCUAAGAACAACUGAUGGAUGGACACAUUGAGUUGUAAAGCUGCUGCUCCUGCUACUAUCAUGGAAAUUUUAUCACUUUUAUCAAAAGCAGGGGAGUCCCAUCUUUUCCCUUAACAUUGAACCCUAAAAUAAGAACUAGAGAUGACAAAUGCCGGGACGUAUGAAACCACUCAAAUUUAUAGUUUUUUCCAUUUUUAUUUAUCUGAAUUCAGUCACACUGUUACUGUUUGAACUUUUUUUUAAAUAUAUUUUUGAGUGUUUUUUUUUUCUCUGAGCCUGUUCAUAUGCAAAAAAUGUUUCUUUUAAAACCAAAAGACUGUUACUUUCUAGAAUAUUCAGGUCUUUUUUAUAUUGUCAUGUUUUCUAGUUUGUCUCUUUUUAAAAUGUCCAUGAAGUCCUGUUGAAGAUGACUCCAGACUGGUGCUGGCUGACUUCUCGUACUGUAUGUGCUCAGACACUUUACUGGAAAACGCGUGACAGGUAGCUCUCAGGAAGGUGCCUUACAUCAAUGUGAUGCAGACGAUAUCACAGUCACGUAGAGUUCCCUUGACGUCCACCCUCAUGGUCGGCCUAAUCCAAGUACAUGUGAGGGUGUGUUGAGAGCAGAUUGCUGAACAUCCUGGCUCUUCUCCGUUAUUUGCCCUCAUACUUCUGCAGCAGCUUCCAUUACAGCCAAAGGACUUGGAUACAGUGAAAACCUCAUCUCUACAUCUCAUGUACAAAAACACACGACUGUUUUUGAUCUCUGUGGAACUGUAGAUCUGACUAAUCUUUUCCUGUUUUAUGUCACCUAGUAUUACCUAAAUUAUUUCUAUUUGCUAGAUGCCAUAAUGAGAGAUUUUUGGUAACUUUCCUGAAAUUCAAAGGUUUACACACACACUAAGAAUAAUAUUACUUUAGUCAAACAGGAAAAACAGGGGUCUUAAAAUGCAGACAUCAAGGUCUGGCAUCCUGCAACUUUUUGAUGUGUUCCUGGUCCAACACACUUUAAUGAAAUCACUGAAUUUCCCCCCCAGUGUGCAGUCAAGUUUUCCACAGUCCUGCUAACGACCUCAUUAUUUGACUCAGAUGUGUUGAAGCAGAGACGCAUCUGAAACUUGCAGGGCACCGGCCCUUGAGGCCUGGAUUUGACAACCCCUGACCUAGAAGAUGAUGUAAGCCUUUAAUUUAGGCUAAACAAAGGCAUAACUGUGAAUUUAUUUUAAGGAAUUUUUGCAUCUGGCUCUAGAUGAAGGUUCCAAGUUCAUCUGCUCAGUUAUCUGCAAGUAUGAACUGCAUUGGGAACCCCGGAACCAAAGCUACAGACCUUGAUAAAAUGAUCCUGAGGCUGGUGAUCCACAGCGAUGUCUGUACCGACAUGAGCUAAAAGGCCCUCAGAGAGGAAGAAGUCAUCAGUCUUAAGGCAACACUAAAUGCCAGACAGUUUGCAAAUGUACUUGCAAACUGUAAGAAAGAUGCCAAUUUCUGUGGUCUGAUGGAACUUAAAUUGUAAUGUUUGGACAUAAUGACAAGGAUUAUGGAAGAAUGCACCAUCCCAACUGUGCAGUUGGGAUGGUGCUACUGGAGGAAUUGGUGCACUUCACAAAAUAGACAUAACGAGGAAAGAACGUUAUAUGAAAAUAUUGAUGCAACAUCUCUAGAGAUCAAUGAGGAAGUUGCAGCUUUGACACAAAUGGCUCUCCCAGGCGGACAAUAACCCUCAGCAUACCAUCACAUUGGCUACAAUGUGACUUGAGGACAACAAAGUCCUGAUGUCAAUCCCAGAAAACGUCAGAUGUCAGAGAUAAAAAUGUUUGUUUGAGCAAGAAGGCCUUCAAACCUGAUCCAGUUCUGUCAGAAGGAAUGGGUCCAGUUUCCAGCAAACUGAAGGGGAGAAGCUUGUGAAAGAAAAUUCAAAUGUUUAAAAAGACAUUUGUACCAAAUGCAAAGUAUUUUGUAGACUUCUAUGGAAACCUCAGAAUUUGAAUAAAAUGAUGGAUUGAUUUAAACAAAUAUGCACACAUAUUUCUCAUUAUUCUGGCAUUUACAAUGACUAUUUUAAUUAUGCUUAACUGGCGUGACAUAGAAAAAGUUUGUUCUGAUUUCAUGUCAGUCACAGAGAACAGGUUAUGUGUUUUUAUGCAGUAGAUGGACGUGUCUGGUUCUAACUGUAUUUCCUAAACGUAUUCCCACUCCCUGAACUUUUCCACAUUUUACCACCAACUUUCAUUUAUUUUAUUAGGGUUUUAUGCAAAAGACAAACACAGUGUCAUGCAUCAUUGUGAAGUGGAAAGAUUUUAUAAAUAAAAACUCUGCAAAAUGUA